AUGGCUGCAAAAGAAAUCGCGGUUGUUUUUGUUAUUGUAUCCACUAUUUCUCCAAGCCUUGGCGACAAUGUGAUUUCACUCACAGAUGUGGAUUUCGACGACAGGGUGUUCAGCUCGUCCACGCAUUUUGUAAUGUUCUAUGGACCUUGGUAAGUGGCAUGGAAGGUGGAAUAUUGAUACCUAGCUCUUGAAACAUUAAUCUGAUGCGAUCUACGACACACACCUGAAGUAGUUCUGUCCUGGGACAAAUUCAACAUUAAACUUGUUACACUUGUAAAUUACAAGUGCAGCAUUUUUUAGCCACGCUUUUAGAAAUUGCUCUCCUUAAAGUUUUUCAGGUGUAGAAAUAAGCCCUUGGCUUACUGAUUUUUGAGAAUUUAGCCUUCAAGUUUUUUUGCUAUUAAAGUUCAAUAUCUUGAAAAUCUUUAGUUUAUCGGACUUGGAUUUUGCUCUCGUAUACCAGCACAGAAACCCUGGAAUGAACAACUCCUAUUGGAACUCAAGUCACUUGCUGUGAUGUUUUAAUCUAGCUCGUCACCUUUUUCUUGGUGAAAUAAUGCCUGACAAAGCCCUAAUAAGGUUCAUUGCGGAAGGGGUGCUGCUGAAAAAAUUAGGUCCUGGUGUUGUGCAGUAUAGUUUUAAACUAUUAUCCAACCACGUCUCCAGGGUUCUUUCCUUCUCUCACCUCUUUCAGGUCCUCUAAGGAGAAGGAGGGGGAGGAGGGUGCUGUCCCUUCUGUCUGAAUGUAAAAUAUGGUCGUUUCACAUUUUGAGGAGUAGUCCAUGUCCUUGUCAGUGUUUUACUUGUCUUAAGGUCACUUGUUGCCAUUUCAUCUAGUCUCUAGCCUGUGGGGAGCAGACACUUUUUUCGGCUCUUGUUUCACCUGCCAAAAAAUUUGCAGAAAAAACAUCUGCUCCCCGCAGGCUGUCUAGUCUUAUGUUGCUGUUUCAAGGCCAUGUUGCUUGUGGGUAUUUUACCCUAACAGGGUUCUCAUCCCUACUCAUCCCUCUCUUGCUCCGUAGGGACAAGUAAGAGAGAACGCUAGAAAGAGGUUGACUAUUAGCUCAUUUCAGCCAAAAAAUGUGUUAUAUUUGCCCACCCAAUUUCAGACCAGUCUCUCACAAGUGAUAGCUCCCUGUUCAUAGCCAUUGGCAUCUGAGUCGCCUUCAGUUGACUAUCUAGUUAGAUAAGAAAAAUUCACUUGGGGGGACAGAAAGCGAAAAACCUGAGCGAAGGGUGCACUUAUCAUCCCUAGCUAACACUCCCUCUGACUGCACUUCUCUUCUUAACAAUAGGAGACUUAGGGCCUAUCUGCAUUAGCAAAAAAGCUGUUUAGUUAGACAAAUUGUUUUGUCAUCACCAAUGCUUAACAAAUGUAAAUUGUUUGUCUCAAUUUUACAAAUUUUGUCUCAGACAGGAAAUCUUCAAAGGCAUCGUGGGCAAAAUUUAUCCUGUUUAAAACUGAACAAAAUCGAGUAAAUAAACAAGAAUUGUUUUUCUUGUCGAUCAUUUGUUGUAAAGCCGUUAUUUUUUCCAUUAACAAAUAAAGUCCCAUCAAAUCAAAUGGCCCGAUAAGAGUAAAUAGUUUCCUGUGCAGAUAAAUUUCUUCGAAACAAAAAUUGGCACCAUAUACUUUUUCGGUUUAGAUGUUCCAAAGACCAUUCCGAUUUUGUCUGCUAGUGUGGAAAGGCCCUUGGAGACAACUGGGGAUGAGUCAGCCUUUGCAUACAGAGCCCCCUGCCUGCUGGUGGGUCACGGCAUCCUGUCAGUAGGAAAUAGUUUUGGUUAUUAACUUAUUGAGGCAAAACAUUUUGAUGAUGACCUCAUGGAGUUAUUCUGUUUUUCCUUUGUUUUGCGCACAAAAUGUAGGUGUGAGCACUGUAAAAAUUUCAUGCCAACAUGGAAUUUGUUAGCUGACCACUAUGGGAAAAUUCCACAUAAUGAGCUUGUAACAAUAGCUAAGGUACAGUGUACUUGAAGUUAAAUACAUAACCUUUUGGUGACUUCUGUAAAACUCGGAAAACUGUGAAUACCAAAAAUAUUUCUGGAAUGUUAUUGUGUUGCGAGGAAAAAGUCAAUCAAGGGUAAGAAAACCAAACGUCAAACAGCAACCUUAAUUUAGUUUGUGGCUUUGUGGCUUGCGUGCAUGUUCUGAUCUUUGAUGUGAUUGGUCAAAACACAAUCGUUUCUGAAAUAUUUCAGCUGGUUUUCACAGCUUUUUGAGUGUAACAGAAAUCUUGUAAAAGUCCUGGAAACAAGUAGCUCUAAGAAUUUAAACAGAAUUACCAGCUCCUAGUUGUAUAAUUUUGUGGUUCAAUUUUAUCCUUGGCUCGAUUUCUAAUUAGGCUAGGUUUUGGGUAUGGUAAUCUAUUAAUAAUUAAUAAUUUAUUACUUCAAAAAAGAGGACAAAGUAUUUAUUGCUGCGGAGCGACCGAAGGGAGCGAGCAGCAACAUAAUCAGGAUUUAAAGGAAAUAUAUAAGGGGCGACGAAUUCUCGAAUUCAUCACUUUUUACCACAAUGCAUUGCAUUUAACCACACUUUUUACCACAAUGCAUUGCAUUUAACCAGAGUGCAUUGCGCCACGAACAACUCAAAUAAAAACACGGGGAAGUUCGGUGGGUGAGAGAGUGCAUCGUUCGCUGCUCAGACUUAGAGUAUUCUUUGUGGCAAAUUUUCUACAGCACGGUUAGAGGUCUUACCAAAUUUUAAGACACGCAGGAGCCUUUCAGAUGAGUACAAUGGUUAACUUGGGGAUUGGAUUUCAAUUCAAGAGCCUAUGACUCGUCCAGGUGUUAAACCUGACGAGAAGAUGAGCAUUUGCUCUUCGACUCCACAACACGGGGGAUAUACAAAUUCCAGUUUGCUAGAAGGUGAUGUGAAAGUGAGAAAAUGUCAUGCAGUGCUAUUCUUAAGAAACUGUAUGAGCCGAAAAUGGAUGUGAUUUUGACCAUUCGCUUCAAAAUAACAGCGGAAAUCGAGAUAACAAAACAUAUGUUUUGUGUCCUACUUUGCAGACGAGGACAUGUAUCGGCGUUUUGAAAAGCAUAAUUAUGUUCUUUCAUUCAUUCAUUCAUUGCCAUGGAAUAUGCGUGUACGUUGUUUUUUCACUGUUAAUAGCUCGGUUAAUGCGGCUGGCGAUCAUCGUGCUGGCAGAAGUUUCAUGGAAAAGGAAUAAAAUAAAAGACUUUUCCUCAAAAUUACGUAAUCAGCCUCUGUGGUGUAGUGGUCAGGUGUAGUCACGUCAAGCCGAAAGUGCAGGGUUCGAGUCCUACCGAAUUCUUAACCACUUUUUUCUUUUUUUUUUCCGUUUUUUGUGUUGUUGUUUUCUAUAAAUAUAUAGCUAAAUAACUCUUUCUUAAUAAAGUGCAACAAACAGCAAGAAAAGUAUUGUGUUUCCAGAGAAAAUUAAUAUUGUGCACCGCAUAUUAAAUAUAUGGAUAAACAAUCUGAAUUUCUAUUAUUUCCUACAAUUUACUGUGGGAAAACCAGAGUUGAUAACCACUUGAUCAUUUUCUAAACAACUUUCCCACGAGUUCUUUUUAUAGACUGAUAGUAAUUAUUCUAGUACUUUCCAACAUGUAAAUAGGACAUUCAAUGUCAUUUUUGAUUCUUAUAAGCUCACUGCCUAACUAAUGCCAGUAUCAACAGAAUGUGCCGCAGCAUUACUAUCUUUUAGAUACCCUAGUUUUAUUUACAUGUAGACAUUGAACCACAACAUGUACAUUAGUUAUUGUAUUCAAAUCCGUUGGUACAUUUUCUCCUCAGGUGGAUUGUACAAAAGAGACUCCUCUCUGUGCAAAACAAAAUAUUCGAGCAUAUCCAACGUAAGUUGUAAGCAAUACUUAACAUAACUCUACUGAAAGCUCUGCUAGACAAAUAUGUACAAAAUGUUAAAGUGUGUGUUAGCCCUUUCAUAGAAAACCCUUGGCUGGCCCAUAUAAUGUAAAGAGUGUUUGAGUGUUGCCUGUUUUGUUUCUUUUCAAAGGUUAAAGCUGUAUUAUGAUCAAGGUGAAAUCAAGAGAUAUAAUGGCAAAAGACGUAUGAAUGAUCUUAAAGCUUUUGUUGACAAAUUUGCUGGGACAUCUGAGGUACACGUGCACUGUGCAUAUCCGUACUCAUAUAAUUGCAGGGGCAGAUCCAGGAGUUUUUGAUGAGGUGAAAUGAUACCAAUUGGACAUCAAACUAUACGUUAAUUUAUUUUAAGUUGUCCUACGUUUUUCCUAAAACAUGGUGAUUUAGGAAGGACGAAGGCUGUUUGACUUCACAAGGUUUUUGGGACCUACGUAUUUCCGUUUGCUUUUCUCUGUUCUUAAGGGGGCUUGCUAGCCACCCAAUCCACCUCCCCUGAAUCCGCUCCUGAAUUGUAUAGGUAGACAUCCUCUUGCCAUGGAGAAACGGCUUGUUUUCCCUCAGAAUAACAUAUCUGAUCAUGAUCUUUUUUAUCUACAUCUGUACCAGAAGGAGAGUGAGUCAGCAGACACAGCUGAAGCAGACAAUGGCCUGUACACACUGACUUCAGAGAACUUUGACAAACAUGUGGAAAUUGGACUACAUUUUAUAAAGUUCUAUGCACCUUGGUUUGUACAGUCAAGAAUAAAGAAUACUUUAGUUUUGCUUUCCUCUUUGCUUUGCUCUCUUUUUGCAUCAAUUCAGUGAUUUUUUUUCUUGACUGUCUUUUUUUAUCAGGUGUAGCCACUGUCGCAAGCUUGCACCCACAUGGAAGGCAUUGGCUGAAUAUCACAAAGACAAUAUGGACAUCACAAUUGCUAAGGUGCAGUAAAGUAACGCAGUUAUGUCUAUUUAUUUAUUUAUUUUAUUUUAUUUAUAUGUUAUAAUUCACAAAGGUUUCCCAUUACUAUGAAUGUGCAAAAAAAAAAGCAUGAUAAAGUAAAAUGAUGUAUAAAAUCAAUGGAGGAGAUUAAAAAAAUUAGUAACAGCAGAUUUAAACGCGUCCACGGAAGGCUGAUCUAAUAAAAAGGAAGGUAAAGUGUUCUGUUACAAAACAUGGAUUAGAAGGCGGGGAAUUGCUCUGCUAGAAAGUCUUUUGGUGUUUUUUUUUUACUAUGAAAGUAUCCUGGAAUCAGGCAUAUAAUACCGGAAUAUCUUUGGCCCCUGGCUCUCAGUGACCGGUCACCUCAUGUUUUAUUUUGGUAUAAAACCCACUUUUGCCAUCUGCGUUCUUGGUUUAUUAUUUUUGAUUUCUUACUUCAACUUUUUACAUAAUCACCCAUAAUUAUAGCCAGGUCGCUAGAUAUUCUACCAAUUUCUUCUUUUUAUCACCGUAAGAAAUACAAAGGAGCAACCUUGAGGGGGAAGGCAUAGUUUGGAGGGUAAUUAAUUACAGCUGUAUAUGAUUGGUUAAUCGUAUUUUAUUUUCCCUUUGCUUCUAGGUAAUUUGGUUUCCAGUCUUAUCCAAUCGAGUAUCGUGACACGCACACGAAAUAAUUACUGUGGGCUGGCCAAUACUAAGGAGCGCAGACAUUGAAAUGAACUAGCCUGAAUUUCAUCCGAUUAUUUCGAGUCGUUAUUGCUCCCUCAGUAACGUCGUUGUUGAGAGGAGAAAACGACUCGAAGCAAUCGGAUGAAUUUCAGGCUACAAAUGAACCAGUCAAAUUCAAGAUAGAUAGCCCUCGCCAAGCGCGGGAAAACGCUUAUCAGCGAGUUAUGUUUUUUUUGGAUAAAUUCUGAUUAACUAAGAAAGGGUCGUAGGAGUAGCAACGCAAACUGUGCACACGUUUAACCACUUUUUUUAAAUUUAUUUUUUUUGUGUAUUCUUCUUUCUUACAGAUUGAUUGCACAACUGAAGGGAAAAAGUGCACAGAACAUAAGAUUCAUGCGUUUCCUUCACUUAAACUGUUUAAAGAUGGCAGAGAGGUUAGUAGUGGCGUGACAAUUUUAACCUGACUAAGCGUGCUCUAGACUGUAGCUUUCUAUCAAAAAUAGCGAGAACGUCCUUUUUUCAACAGAAAUAUCCUUGCUUUGUAUGUCACAUGUUCACACCAAUAGCAUUGCACCACGUUUCGAUGUAAUAAACCACACAUAUUCCACUUUAUUAUAUGGAGGAGAGUGUUUUACUGGGAACUAAACCACUCGUAGAUUUCAUACGCCACUUCAUCCGGGACCCGAGUGACGUAUUUUCCGUAUGUCACCUUUUUGAGUGUCUUAUGCUCAAUGACGUCAAGAUUCCCGCCUUUUGCUUUUGUUGAAUUGGUUUCUCCAUAUAAUAAAAAGAACAUUACACGUUGGCUCGAAGAUAUGAAUUUUAUGUUCUCGUGGCAAGAACAAUAUCUCACGAGUGAGCGAAGCGAACUCGUGAGAUAUUGUUCUUGCCACUCGAACAUAAAAUUCAUAUCUUCUCGCCACCGUGUAAUAUCCUCUAUAUCUUUUGAUUCGCUCUGACGAAGGGCUAGUACUCGAACGUAGGCUUUUGUACAUUAUCCUAUUGAUUUACCUGAAUAGUCCAUUUUUCUAACUAAAAUGCUCGAUCUCCCUUUAAAAAGUUUCUAUAAUGCUUGAAUAAUGCUCGUCAUAAAAACGAUGUAAGGUCUGUAAAGUACAAGCGCGAUAUUUUUGUUUUAGGUGGACAGCUAUGAAGGAUCGCGUUCGCUUGACGACCUUAAGAACUACUUGACUUUGAAGAUCUCUGAACACAGCUUGUUAAGCAGUGCAACGACGGAGAACAGCGAAACAGCUGAGGAGAUACCUUCCGAUGAACUAGACUUGCAGGUAUACAUGCAGACAUGUAUAAGGCUAUGUUCACACUGUAACCGAUACUCUUGCGCCCGCACGAAAACCGUACCGGAUAGUGUUUCUGUUUACACAAAAGAGCGGUGAUUUGGGCCCGAUUUCUCUUACGGAACGAAGCUGCGCCGCACCCCACCGAUCUCAAACGUGGAGCGUCACGUAUUGGAUAAGUUGUGUUCCACACUUUGGUGUCGUGUAAAAAGGUAUUUGGACAUGGCCGAAAUGAUUAAGUAGGAGCGAGGACUGGAAUCCACUGAGACGGUUAGGACACUAGACCCUCACGGCCAACUGGUUCGGCACAAAUGCGAUGUGUGUGAACAACUUGUUCCAGUUCCGGUCUGUUGCUGUGUGUUGCUGCGGUAUGGUGUGGACAUAGCCUAACUUAAAAACUUUUAUAAUUUCAAUCAUUAAUAACCUUACCAUUUAAGAAAGUCUUUGGCUCAUUAUGCUCUGAGUUUAUAGCGGAGAAAAUGAAUAUCUUAGCUGUCGGCGGGAUUCGAAUCUAAGACCUCCCAUACUUCGGUCGGUCCCUCCAACCACUGAGCCCACUAUAGGAUCGCAGACUAUGUACUUUGUUCAUAUAUGACGCACGUCCUGUCUAACUCCGUAUGCUGUUAAGAUCAUCUGUGUCCAAUGCGUCCUUCAUGCUCCGCGAAUAUGCAAGACUUUUCAUUAAGUUCUUCAUGUUUCAUUUCAGAUCAAACCAUUUCAGCUCACCGACAGUAAUUUUGAUUCUAUGAUCAGUUUUGGCACAAUAUUUGUCAAGUUUUACGCACCUUGGUAAGUCUGCUUUACCAGUGUUAACCCUGUUUUGCUUGCUAUUUCCUUUAAAGAACAUGUCCCCCAUCUUUCAAUCGAAUUAAAAAAAAAGUUCACAGAGUUUAGACCUUUUAGCGUAUAUUAGUGCCACGUUAAUUGUAAAGUGAAAUGCUUACCAGAUGGUCACACAUUUUUUUCUUGUUGUCAUGGUUACAGGUGCCGUCACUGCCGAGAACUUGAACCUGUUUGGGACCAGCUUGCUAACAAAUGCGCAGAUAGUUCAUCUGGACCAAGAAUUGCAAAGGUUUGUAAUUAAUUGUUAGAACGGAACUUUGAGAAGAGUAUAAAGGCUGCUAGCUACAUGAAUACAAAAGGAAUCUAAACUCGCGCUGAGGGCACAUGAAAACGGAGAUUUUUUUUCUCCGGUUAAGUAUCCGGUGAAAAUUGUCAGCGAAAGCGCAUCUUUUUACAAAUGCUAUCUCCAGAGUGGAGAUUUUUGAAAACGCCGUUUUCCUGUAGACUUAAUGGGGAGCUUUGUCAACGACGACGGCGACGGCAGCGAAAACGUCACUGUUUAAAAGACUUCGCUGUUGGUCGCGAUUUUUUCGACUGGCGUAAGACAAGGCUCAGUCGAAUGUAGGUGAAUUUCCCUGGAAUUUAAUUGUUGGGGACCGCCACCAAGUUUAGCGGGAGAAAGGGAAAUUAAUUUGCAGUCUUGUGUUUACGUCCACCAUAAAACGUCACUUGAGGGAAUUUCACGUCGCAGUCGUACAGUGACGGCAAAGAAAUGUGCAAAAAAGUGUGCUGCACGUGCAAAGUUGUUGUUUUGCUAAUAUAAACUUAUUUUUUUGCCGUUCUUGUUGCCAUCGCCAUCGUCGUGCUAAAGCUCCCUCGUGGAUGGAUGAAAACGGAAGCUUUUGAGAAAAAUAACGUCACGGACAGAGAGACUAUUAUAUGGGCAUGUACCCAUAAGGUUGUUGCUGUCAGUCGCUAUGGCGUUUUCGUGUGGUCGGGCAAAAGCAGAUCAAAAACGCCACGUGUAGACGCGGAUUUAUUUUUUUGAAAACUGAGAAAAAAUCUCUGUUUUCAAGCAAAAACGGACAUGUCUGAGCAGGGCCUCAAAUUCAUUUUGAAUCAUAAAUCAUAUGCUCACAUUAGAAACGUCAAAAAGCCAAGAAAGUACCCCGUACAUAACGAUCCGGUCAGUUACGCAGGCUAAAGCCAAGCGAAAAAAGGACGCGCGUGAUCUAGGGAAGGAGAGCGGUGUUGUGUCUUCCCCGUGCGUUUUGCGCUUUAGUUUUCACCAUCUCUGCACAUUACUGUCUUGGAGCCUGGAACAGGCAAGAUUCUCUCAUGGUAGAAAAUUUACUCUAUCAGUUUAGUUGAUAAAACCGUGUUUAGUAAUUGUUCCUCAAUCCCGAUGUUCAUGUGAAAAGGAGCGUAAAAACACUUAUCUUCUUUACAUUGAAAACGGCAAGCGACAGAUGGGAUGCUUAAUUAACAGCGGGUUCUCAAACAACGAUCGCAUAGUCUGAAAUGUUAUCCUGGUCUUCGCUGCACUCAGCCGUCGGCAAGAGAGUCUCUCUCGCCUUGCCACCCGUUAGGGGUGGGGCGAAGUGACGGAUGACAUUUCAAACUAACGAUCAUACAACGCGGGAAGUAAUAGAGCGUUUUCACAUGACGUCACGGCAGCCAUAUUGGUGUUCCAAAACAAUGAAACGGCGGCCAUGUUGGUGUUCCAAACAAAUCCUGUGGGAGUUGAACUCUUUUCUUUUCUUUCAUAGAUGCUGGUCACGUGAGUGAAAACGCUCUAUAAAUGCCGUGGUCACACCAUCAUCUCUUCUGCUUGCCAUAAACGUGAUGCUUAAAACGUUAAAAACUUAAAAUUUCACAGAAAUUAAUACCCCCCUUUUUCCAGGUUGAUUGCACGACAGAGGAGGAGCUUUGUAGCAGUAUGGGAGUAAGUUACUUUCUUGUUUUUUAGUCGGCUAGGAAUAUACAGUAUUUAGCGUAAUACUUCGGCGCAAAUCGGCUGAUUUUUUGAAUAUGACGUCUCGUCUGUACCUUUUUUAAAAUCGGGAAAAACGUUCACAAUCAGCCAUUUUUGCAGACUCAAAAGAUGCGUUGCUCAUCAAUUUCCAUUGUCGAGUAAGACGUAUUAAGUAAAUUUUUGAGGAGACUUCAAGUGUUGUUAGCACACAUAAGCUAAUAUUACUGCGCGCGCGCGUGCGAAACCCUGCGCGGGUUUUGCGUAACGUAAUAAUAUGAUGGGCUUCUCAACUAACUUUUAUUCUACAUUUUUCUCUUUCAGAUAAAAGGUUAUCCUACACUGAUUCUGUUUAGCAAAGGAGUUCAGAAGCAAGAAUACAAGGGGCCCAGAGAUUUAGACAGUUUGUAUAACUUUGCUAUGCAGCAUCACGAUGAAUUGUAAUUUUUAUGCUUUAUAACCAAUAAGCCUGCGGUUCCUUGGUAAUAAUAAUUUAUAACGAGAAAGUUUCUAUGUAGAUAUAAUCAAAUGCGCGAUUAACCUUUCAUAAAACAGAUCAAGCAUUCAUAUAAAUAGUUAAAUCUCAGCAACCAAUCAUAUUCGAGACCCAUUGUAAGGACGUUUCGUUUGCGCGGAUUUUCUUGCCUUUCUGUUCUGAUAAGUUUUUGAUGGGAAAUGAUCUUUAGCCAAUAGGAGUUAUCGUAAACGUGUGUCACAUGUGUUGCGUCGGGUCCUGCCGUAUUUUCGCGUUAUUUUACUUUGAUGAAGGCCCGAGUUCCAGCCCCUUACCAUUUUAAGUACCAUUGUAAACUCCUCCAUACAUCUUUUUUUGUGUGUGUUAUACAAGCAGUCAGAAUACGCUGGGUACAGAUCUGAAUUGCCGUGCAAGAAAGCGCUGCGAGGCGCCGCGCAAAUGAACGAACACAUUGUCCAAAAUUUUCCAUAAUCGUAUUUAUUGUUCUUAUAGUGAAGUUCUCUGAUUAUCCUAAUCAGGUUUUGUCUAUGAAGUUUAAAACGUAUAAGAAAAUGGUAAAAUACAAAGAAAGAUAAGUUAUUUCAAAUAACAUGACCUAUAGUUAUCGUGGUCGUCGUUACCCAAAGAAAGUUACAGCCUCAGUGGUUAAGAAACGUGAUGUUAAACAAAACUGCAGCAUUUCUUUAUGGUUUCAACUAAACUUUUGUUUUACGAAGAGUAGAUUGAGCGAUUUCUUUGUUAAUUAGUUCUUAGGUGGAAUUUGGUCCUCCUUUCUAUAGAUCGUUUUCAUAUGACGUCAUGGCGGCCAUUUUGGAAACGAGAAGGAAGCUGGGUCGAGUUAACUUUGGCAAAGACUUCUGGGACUGUUAAUACUAACAGGGAUAAAAUUGGCCAAUAGCUGACCGGC